AUGCAGCCGGCAAUGAUGAUGUUUUCCAGUAAAUACUGGGCCAGGAGAGGGUUGUCCCUGGAUUCGGCAGUGCCCGACGAGCAUCAGCUUCUUGGCAGCUUAACACUAAAUAAAGCUAUCGCUAGCAAAAGUGAGGACAGGAAAGGAAGCAAAGAGAGCGGCAAAGGUGACUCUACAGAGAGUGGCAAGACAGCGGUUGUGUUCUCCUUGAAGAAUGAAGUUGGAGGGCUGGUAAAAGCACUGAGACUCUUCCAGGAAAAACAUGUCAACAUGCUUCAUAUUGAAUCCAGGAGAUCCCGGCGAAGAAGUUCUGAAGUUGAAAUCUUCGUGGACUGCGAAUGUGGCAAGACAGAAUUCAAUGAGCUCAUUCAGUUGCUGAAAUUUCAGACCACCAUUGUGACACUUAACCCACCUGAGAACAUUUGGACAGAGGAAGAAGAACUAGAGGACGUGCCGUGGUUCCCUCGGAAGAUCUCUGAGUUAGACAGAUGCUCUCACAGAGUUCUCAUGUAUGGUACUGAGCUUGAUGCUGACCACCCAGGAUUUAAGGACAAUGUCUAUCGACAGAGGAGGAAGUAUUUUGUGGAUGUGGCCAUGGGUUAUAAAUAUGGCCAGCCCAUUCCCAGGGUGGAGUACACAGAAGAAGAAACUAAAACUUGGGGCAUUGUGUUCCGGGAGCUCUCUAAACUCUACCCGACUCAUGCUUGCCGAGAGUACCUGAAAAACUUCCCCCUGCUCACCAAGUACUGUGGCUAUAGAGAAGACAAUGUGCCUCAACUCGAAGAUGUCUCCAUGUUCCUGAAAGAGCGGUCUGGCUUCACUGUGAGACCAGUGGCUGGGUACCUGAGCCCAAGAGACUUCCUGGCUGGCCUUGCCUAUAGAGUGUUCCACUGCACCCAGUACGUGCGGCACGGCUCUGACCCCCUCUACACUCCAGAACCAGACACAUGCCACGAACUCUUGGGACAUGUCCCGCUGCUUGCAGAUCCAAAGUUUGCUCAAUUUUCACAAGAGAUCGGCCUAGCCUCUCUGGGAGCCUCAGAUGAUGAUGUUCAGAAACUAGCCACGUGCUAUUUCUUCACAAUCGAGUUUGGCCUUUGUAAGCAAGAAGGUCAACUGCGGGCAUAUGGAGCAGGGCUGCUUUCCUCCAUUGGAGAAUUGAAGCAUGCUCUUUCUGACAAGGCGUGUGUAAAAGCCUUUGACCCAAAGACAACCUGCUUGCAGGAAUGCUUAAUUACCACCUUCCAGGACGCUUACUUUGUCUCAGAAAGUUUUGAAGAAGCCAAGGAAAAGAUGAGGGACUUUGCAAAGUCAAUUACUCGUCCCUUCUCAGUAUAUUUCAACCCCUACACACAGAGUAUUGAAAUUCUGAAAGACACCAGAAGUAUUGAAAAUGUGGUGCAGGACCUGCGCAAUGAUUUGAACACAGUGUGUGAUGCCCUGAAUAAAAUGAACCAAUAUCUGGGGAUUUGAUAUCUAGAACCAGUGUUGUUGUCAGCAUGAGCUUUUGGGGGCUUAGCAACAAUUCAGUCAAUGUUAUCCAACAUCAAUAACUUUCCGUGUUAUGGUUGGCUACUUAGCGUGCAAUUCUGUGUGUCUACAGCGCUGUGCAACUUAUGGUGUUAAUAUACAAAAAUACUAAGAAAUCCAUGCAGAUUACCAUUCAUCAUUUGAAAGAUUAUGAUAUAUUUAAAUGUCUCAAAUAGAUUUAGCAUUUCCGAUUAGUGAUCAAACUGCAACUUAAGCAAACUGUGUCUUUAAAAUUUGUAACAUUCUUCUCACAAUUUUAGUUGGUGACCUUUUCUUCUUUGGACCUGAGACUUCCUUUGUGUUCAUUAGAUAAAAUAAAAAUAGUAGGGAGGUAGUUUUUAUUUGCAGUAGUAUCAGUGUUAUUUGAGAUAAACUAGAGUUGCUCCAAGCUUCUCAUCACAGCCACAAAAGAUUUAAUAUUCUAUGUCAGAAGCUGUUCAUAAACAAGAUGGUUGGAAUGAUUUUGGACUGAGUAUUCAUACAAUGUAAGAAAAGAAAACUUUUAAUGAAUGGGAUAUAUGGGUUGCACUGACCUUGUUGGAACUGAUUUGUGGCAAGCUUCCUGAGGGUUUUGGAAGGAAACACUCUGAGAAAGAAUAUUCAUUCGGACAGCUUAAAGAGAAGGAAAGAAAAUCUUGUAACUGUAAGUGUGUUGUUGGGAUAAAGGCUGAAUUUCAUGUUAGACUUCUGACAAGUCCACCAUAGUGUACAUAUGUGUUCAUGUGUUGA